CAAACGUUUUAUUAUUUUAAGGGAUUAUAGGUAAGCAAUGGCUGAGGAUGAGGUAGAAGAUGUUCAAGAACUGGGAAUCAAGGCAAUUAUUGGAUUUGAUGGUGGAAAUACAAACAGCUUGCUUGCCCAUCCAAAUGGAAAGCACGUAGUCUACGCUUUGGGGAAUAAGGUAGCCAUCAUGGAGUGGAGUACAAAAAAGCAGCAAUUUUUGGUCGGCCACACAAAUAUCAUAUCUUGCGUGGCAGUUUCCAAAUCCGGAAAGUUUAUUGCCAGCGGCCAAAUCAACCAUAUUGGAUUUAGGGCUACAGUAAUAGUAUGGGAUUUCGAGAAAAUGGAACUACUAUCACAGCACGAACACCACAAGGUGCGUGUCGAAGGCCUGAUAUUUUCUAUGGAUGACAAGUACGUUAUCAGUCUGGGUGGGAGAGACUGUGGAUCUGCGAUUGUCUGGGAUACCGAAGCUCAUCAAGUCAUCUGCAGUAACCAGGUGGCAAAAGGCAUAUCUGGUGAAGUAACUUGCAUAAAUUCAAUGAAUAAACGUGCAGCGUGUUUCAUAACUGCGGGAGAUGCACAUUUAACUAUCUGGGUCAUAAACCACAAGGCGAGGAAUAUGUCCCAAUUCAACGUAGCAAUGGCGAAACUGAGAAGAGUGAUUUUAUGCGUAGAGAUUAAUGAAAGAGAUGAGGUUUGUUACUGCGGUACAACAACUGGAGAUGUACUAAAAAUAAGACUCUUCUUUCACCAUGAUUCAGAUGUACUAGAACCCACCAAACAACCGUCAGUCAUAGGCUGCUAUGCCAAAUUAUCAAAGAAAAAAUUGGAUCGUGGUGUUGUGGAUUUGUACCAACACGGCAUAAGAGCUAUCAGACUUCUUUUUGGUGGCAAAUUAGUGAUCGGAGAUGGUGAGGGUAACGUAGAACUGGUAGAGGAAUGUAUAAAAUCGAACUUGAAAUUCGAUCGCAACGUUAAAAUGCCGUCGGUGCCGGCUCUAAAAGUGCACAAAACCACAAACGUUAACGCUGCUGUUUCUGCGAUCCAACUGAUCGACGAUAACACUAUAUUGGUGGGGACAUUAAACUCCGAAAUAUAUACAAUAAACCUCAGUGAAUUCAAAGCUAGAUUGGUGGUUACCUGUCAUACUUCUACCAUACACGAUGUUGCUUUUCCUUACAACUUCUCGGAAGUUUUUGCCACAGCAGGAAAGCAUGACGUCGUCUUUGGUCAAUGGUAACAAUGCAAGAGCUGCUUCGUAUACGAGUCCAAAAUUUCACCUGCUCCAGUGUCGUUUUUUCAUACGACGGCAAAUCCAUUUUGACAGGCUGGAGCGAUGGCGUCAUUCGAUCUUUUACUCCGUUGACGGGUAGAUUGAUCUACGCCAUUUUAAACGCGCACAAUAAAGGAGUUUCGGCUCUGACUACGACUUCUCAUGGUAAAGUUUUGAUAAGUGGAGGAUGUGAAGGACAAGUUAGGUUAUGGGAUAUUUCUCCAUUUAAACAACAGCUGAUCUGCACCCUCAAAGAACAUAAGGGACCUGUAUCAGCAAUAGAUGUUAAUAAAUUUGACAGCGAAGCAGCAAGCGCUAGUACGGAUGGUACAGUCAUCAUUUGGGACUUGCAGAGACAAAGACGAAGACAGAUUUUAUUCGCCAAUACGUUGUUUAUGUGUGUCAAGUAUUUUCCUAGUGGUGUCCAAAUUCUUACUGGUGGUUCCGAUAGAAAACUAUCUUACUGGGAAGUCUUGGACGGAAGUCUAGUAAGAGAACUAGAAGGUUCACCUACAGGCACCAUCAACGUUCUGGACAUUUCCCCUGAUGGUGGGCAUUUUGUGAGCGGAGGUAAUGAUCAAAUUAUCAAAGUAUGGACGUAUCAAGAAGGUAUUGCAACUCACAUCGGCGUAGGUCACGCUGGAGUAAUCACCGCAGCGUGCUUCAGCGCCGACGGAAAACACAUAGUUACCUGCGACGCCUCUGGCUGUAUCUUCGUGUGGAAAAGUCCCUUUAUAAAAAAAUCGGUCUCUGGAAAUGGUAAAAUUCAGUCUGCAGAAGUGAAGAAAGCAGCUACUCCGCCUAGAAGAUUCAGCAGGGGAGAGGAGCACAUAAAAGACCUGCCUAGUGUGCGUAGCAGUAGAAGCAGUGUUCAUCACCAGAAGAUUUGUGAUGAGUGUUGUCCUUGCGAUAAGAGUUCUUCGGUAAGUUCUAGAAGUACUCGAAGUUCCUUAAUCAGUUGUAAAUGAUUGGUUUGUUGGCUGAGGAAGUACUAUUUAUAUGGAUGCAUUUUUUAUACACACUUUAUUUAUUUUAUACUUUUAUAUAACGUAUUUUGUAGUGAUUUGAGAAAAUAUAUUUUUAAAAU